AUGAUGUUGAGCUGGUCGAGGACGACAAUCUCGCCGUCGUCGUCAUCGCAGGCUCUCGUGCUUGUCGCCGCCGUCUUGUCGUACCUCGUCUCCUACUCCGGCCAUGUCGCCGCCGCCGCAGUAGCAGGACACCCUGACUACGCCGACGCGCUCGCGAAGUCGAUACUCUUCUUCCAGGGGCAGCGGUCCGGCCGCCUGCCGCCGGACCAGGCCGUCGCGUGGAGGUCCAACUCCGGCCUCUCCGACGGCUCGGCGGCGAACGUCGACCUCACCGGCGGGUACUACGACGGCGGCGACAACGUCAAGUUCGGCUUCCCGAUGGCGUUCACGGCGACCAUGCUGUCUUGGGGAAUCGUGGAGUACGGCGGGCGGAUGCAGGGGCGCGUCCGCGACGCGCGCGCCGCGGUGCGGUGGGCGACGGACUACCUCCUCAGGGCGGCCACGGCGACCCCGGGGGUGCUCUACGUCGGCGUGGGCGACCCCGACGCCGACCACCGGUGCUGGGAGCGGCCGGAGGACAUGGACACGCCGCGGACCGUGUACUCGGUGUCGGCGUCGAGCCCCGGGUCGGACGUCGCCGCGGAGACCGCGGCGGCGCUCGCCGCCGCGUCGCUGGCGUUCAAGGCCGCCGACCCGGCCUACUCCAGGAGGCUGGUCGCCGCGGCCAAGGACACGAUGGCGUUCGCCGUGCGGUACCAGGGGAAGUACAGCGACCACGUCGGCGGCGACGUGGGCGCCUACUACGCCUCCUACUCCGGCUACCAGGACGAGCUCCUGUGGGGAUCGGCGUGGCUUCUCUGGGCGACGAAGGACGCCUCCUACCUCGACUACCUUACCUCCCUCGGCGACAACGACGGCGUCGACAUGUUCAGCUGGGACAACAAGCUCGCCGGAGCGCGCGUCCUCCUGUCACGGAGGGCUCUGGUGAGCGGCGACCGGAGGCUGGACUCGUUCCGGCGGCAGGCGGAGGACUUCCUCUGCAGGAUCCUGCCGGGGUCGCCGUCGUCGACGACGCAGUACACGCCCGGCGGGCUGAUGUACAAGUCCGGCCACGCCAACCUGCAGUACGUCACCUCCGCCAGCUUCCUCCUCGCCACCUUCGCCAAGUACAUGGCCGUCUCCAACCACACCUUCUCCUGCCUGAGCCUCCCGGUCACCGCCAAGACCCUUCGAGCUCUCGCCAAGAAACAGGUGGACUACAUACUGGGCGCGAACCCGCAGGGGAUGUCGUACAUGGUGGGCUACGGCGCGCGGUUCCCGCAGAGGAUACACCACAGGGCGGCGUCCAUGCCGUCGGUGGCGGCGCACCCGGCGCGCAUCGGAUGCCAGGAGGGGUUCAGCAGCUACUUCAACGCCGCCGGCGCCAACCCCAACGUCCACACCGGCGCAGUCAUCGGCGGGCCGGACAAGAACGACGCGUUCCCGGACGAACGCGGCGACUACGACCGGUCGGAGCCGACGACGUACACCAACGCCGCCCUCGUCGGCUGCCUCGCCUACUUCGCCGAGAGCUACAAGAGCUGA